AUGGAGUUCAUGUCAAGCUUGCAGAGUGGCUUCGACGAGCAGAAGCCAUCGCUCUUCGAAAUUCUAUCUGAGAACCAGCUCGCAGCUCUCAUUCCUCCAUCUUUGCGAUACCUGCUUACUGUAGCAACCUAUCGCCGCCCUCGAUAUCUUCUCCGCGUCCUCAACUCCUACGAUGAGCUAUACGCGCUGCUCAUGCUGAUGGUGGAACGGCAUUACCUAAGCGCAUAUGGAGGAGGGUUCACAGAAAACUUCUAUGGCCUCAAACGCGAGAAAGUGCUUCGUAUCAAGGGCGGCGAGGCGCCACGGGCAAUGCUUGGUGCCCCAGAAUUGAUGAGAGAAACGCUCAAAUUGAGCAAGGGAGACGUGUGGAAGAACCUCGCGAUCAUGGUGGGCAUACCGUACCUGAAGCGCAAGCUCGACGAAAGCCACGAUAUACACGCUCCUCAGGCAACGAUUCUCGGCCCAAGAUACAACAGAGACACCCUUCCCCAUGAUGCCAGCAUUCAGCAACGAAUAUUGUAUUACUACAAAUGGUUCCUCCGGAAAAUAUACCCGAGCAUAAACGCAGCCUACUACUUCUCCCUCCUAGCCUUCAACCUCGCCUACCUUUUCGACAACACAAAAUACUCCUCUCCAUUUCUCUGGCUCAUUGGCACACGUAUCCGGCGACUCAACGAAGCCGACUACCGUGCCAUCGCGCUCGCCUCCCAACCUCCCCAGAAAGAAAAGACUCCAGCACGACCUGGCCAGGGCAACAGCAUACUCAAUCCAACCACACUCGCCACGACAAUCUACCCCCGCGCCCUCUCAAGCCUCAAGAUCCUGCUCCCAACCUCCAUCUUUGCGCUCAAAUUCCUCGAAUGGUGGCACGCCUCUGACUUUGCGCACCAGCUUUCCAAGAAAGCUACCGAGGGGCUUGACCUCCCUCCACCAAUAAUUUCCGGUCUUCCGCAACCUCAAUCACGCCCUCAGCCUCGCACCCAACCCUCCAGCAAAAUCCCACAGCAAAGGUCCCCUACGAACACAGUCUCCCUCUCCAACCGCCCAUCUUCUGCCACAGUCCUGCAUCCCACCUCCUCAACCUUGCCCUCUCCCCCACCUGUUCCACCUUCCCACCAACGCACCAACCCUCCCUCACAAUCCCGGCAAAAACCUCCCAUCUCAAGCAAAACCAACAAACAAAUCUACACUCUCCCGGCCCCCACAAAAUCAACAUCCUCCGUCUGCCCCAUCUGCCUCCACGAGAUCCAGACCCCAACAUCUGCGCAGACCGGGUUCGUGUACUGCUACACGUGUAUUUUCAAAUGGGUGGAAGGACGGCAUGAGAGGCAAUUGUCAUUUAUGGGCGGAGGAGGAGGUGGGGGAAAGGAUGGGCAAAGGGGGCAAGAGGGAUUAGGCGGAGAAGAAGGGGUGUGGGAUGACUUGUCAGAUAUGGAUGAGGAGGACGAGGACGGUGAUGGAGGAAGAAGGGGGAAUAGGGAAGGCAAAUGGGAGAGCGGAGCAGGACGGUGCGCCAUCACUGGACGGAGAGUAUUAGGUGGGGUUGAUGGGCUGAGAAGGGUGAUGGUAUGA